UUCGUCCGAGUUGUUGGUGUAGUGCGGAUCGUCAAAGUUUCAAUUUGUAUGUGAAAUCAGUAAUAUUUACAUAAAAAGUGCUCGUUUAAUAUUAAAUUGUGACUUAUUAUUAUACAUGCGGUUAUAAAAAUCGAGUUUAAAAAAUUUCGAAUCUUUAAAAAACAUAUUAAAAUAAACCAAUGUUUUAAAUCUACUAAAGGUUAGGUGCCAAGAAAAGUGUGGAAGGAAAACGAUUAAAAAAUCACAUACCAAUCAAAGAAAAACUUUGGGGUGAAAAGAAUCAAAGUAACAAAGUAUACCUAAGGGAUUGAAUGAAAGCCAUAAAAACCUUAAGAUAAUUGCUAAAGGAAAAGAAAUUCAAUCAUUCAUUAUUUAUAUAGAGAAGGAUUUAACACUAUAAGCAAGUGCUUAUCUAAUUCAAAAGUGUGUAUAAUUUGACGAGACACAAACUUGUUGCGAUCUGUGACGAAAAUAAAUAAUUGUAUAUAAAGGUUAUAAAAGAAUCUAUAAUUCACUGCCGGGGUUUUGUGUAAAAACUAUAAAUAGGUCUAAUCUCUUGUGUUAGACAAAAAUUUAAUCUUCCUUCACCAAGGAAGACCAGCAUCACUGCCGUGAAAAUGCAGAUUUCUUGUAAAUGUUUAAAUUUCAUUGCCACCAGUAAUAGUCAGGCGGCAAAUAGCAAUGUUGGAAGUAUCAGUGCUAACGUCUAUAAUGGAACAUCGGCAAUUGAUUCACAUUCUAUACGAAACCCUGCUGAUGAUGAUAGUAGCAUGCCAUUAGCGCAACAAUCAAUCGGCGGUUGUAAUAAUGCCGGCUAUGCAAACAACAACUCAAACAACCUGUGCACUAUAUUAAUGCACGCGUUCUUACAGCGUUACCCUCGCACGUUCAUCUUCUAUUCACAGUGCAUGGAAUUCUUUAAACAGGCUAUUGGUCCUAUAACGGAUCUCAACAUCCAUACGUUAAGUCAGCGGGAUUUGGUCUACAGUAUAACACUGGAAGUGCCAACUGGGCAAGAAAAUCCUUCUACGCAUGCCUGGCAGCUAAGCAUAUGCAUUAAUUGCAAUACGGCGCUUUGUGCAAAACGUCUGCUCACGCAAACGCCGAGCGCGUCAUUGAACGGUGCACCCGCACCACUUACAAUUAACCCACCGCAAUUUCUAAUUAAUUGUUCUCUACUUACAAAUAACGAGGAAUUGGCACUGAGACGUGCUGAUAAAUCCUUUUCCGAUACCUUUGGCCUACUGAUCAUGGACCAUCCACAGUUGCAGCUGGAGCAGGCGAAUGCUGGUCCAUUAAACAACUUUUCAGUUGGUUCUUUAUCGACAACGUCACUGCAACUGGAUAUGAAGCAGCAACGUUUGCGCCAAUUACAACAAAACUUGCAACAACGACUCAAACGUGAAAUCGCCGAAACGGACGAGCGCAUACAACGCUUUACUGAGCAACAGUUUGCAUUGCUAAAGAGCUUUCGCGAAAAAUCCGAACAGGAGUAUGCAUUACUUGGUCGUCUAAUUCAAAGAGUACCAGAACAACAGGCAAACGAUUUCUUAGACCGUGCACUGCCAGCAUUGGAAGUGGUUGGUGGGGGCAAUUAUGUGUCACGUCGCCGCAAUACGAUUACUAGUCGUCGCGAUAUGACGUCUGUUACGACACCCACUACACCGACAACACCGAAUCCUACAAGUGGAUUGCAUAUGCUUUCAUUGCCGUUGAGCACAACAACGGCUACUACAACAACCAGUGCCAUGGAUACAACAAUAACUCAGGGAGUAGGUGGCACAACAGCACUCACGCCAUCAACGACGACAGGAUUGACGACGACUAUCGUGGGUAGCGGCAGUAUUAAUCGUCGUUUGUCGAAUUUUGAUACACCACCGGCAACACCAGAAGCCACACCUAUGAGUGUGGGUAACAGUCCCACCUUCCGGCCGCAACAACAGCAGCAUUCGUCACUGACACAACAUCAAUUUGUACGCAUUGCGUCCAACUCCUUUCAACAACAGUUCCCUACGCCCACAGUAGAAGUGGGCGACGACUGUCUCUUCGAACUGGAAGGCAUUGACGGUGGUAGCUCGGCAAGCGGUGUUGGUGUGAACACGCCAUUUAGUGCGCUCGUGUCUAAUUUGUCACAAAAACUGCCAUAUCAACAGCAACAACGAUCUCUUAACAAUCAUCCACAUCCGCACCAGCAUCAACAUCACCACUAUCACGGCCGGGAUAUGAGCGAUGUAGACGAAAGUGACGAUGACGCUGCUGAAGCGGAAGUGGCUCUUGACCUGGAUAGUACAAUGCCCUUACCUACGAGUGCACGCCCAAUCGUUGGCGGGCAACAGCGACCAGACGCAGCUACGGCAGCUGAUGUCAUGAAUUUUGCGAAGAGUCUGCCAAUUGAAAUAGCAAAUUCACCAAUGACUACAGGACGAUCAUAUGUAAACGCGCUGCAAGAAGACGAAUUGGACAAUACAGUCGACAUUGCUGCGAGCAUUAAAGCACUCGCCAAAAGUGUGCACGGUGAAGCAGUGUUCGGUGAUUUACCACGCCCACGCAUGCGUUCACAAAUUUAAAAGUUUACAAGCACAACGGAUUAACUAUACUAGUUUGCUCAACGAAAUAAAUAAUCAACAACUUGAGUUAAAGUGCUGAAGUCAUCAUCAACGCAUAAUGUUUUUACACAACCACAAUGCAUAUAUUCAUAAUUACGAGCAUACGAGUACAUCCAUUAGAAUAUUAAGUAUAAUUAAAUAUAAGUAAGUAACUAACUUCUCUUCUAUUAGCUUUAAAUUUCUUUAUGAGUCGUUGUAAUGGAAAAUAUGAAAUAUUAAAAAAAAUGCCAUAAAUUGAGCACAUUUCGCUUUGAUAUUUGAAGAACGUUAAGUACAGCAACAAAACAUACACUACAUACGCUAAGAAUUACACCACCAAAAAUUCUUUUUAUUGUCGUCUCAUGCUGUCUUUUUACAUACAUUUAAUUAUAUUAAUUGGGACUGUAAAAUAAAUAUGUAAUAUUCGCAUAAGUCAGAUUAAACGUUUCUUCUAAACAUUUCAAAAGCAUUUGUACGAAAUAUGCAUAUAAACUUGUGUCGCGCUAUGCAUUAUUACUAAUACUUUAAAAUUUCUCUUUUUACAUAAGUUAUUAUGUUACCAAUAAUUAUAAUGAAAUCCAGUUUAAUUUUUAACUUUAAUUUGUAGUAGCUUUAAUUUUAUGUUUUUACAUGCCUUUUCAUACAAACAAUUGGAUAAUAUAACAGCUUUAAUGGAACAAAAUAUUUGAAAAUGCUAAACAUAAAAGAAUUCAUAAAUUUACAUAUAUAUAAAAAAACAGAAGUAUAUAAUUACAGAAAUAUAUAUGUAUAAUCAUAAACACUUUUCUAUCGAUGUCGCUUUUUCUAACAGGACAACAAAUGAAAAAUAAAAGAUAUAUAAAUUAAAUAUCAAGUUAUUUUACCACAUUAAGCUGCUUUAAAAAAAUUUUACUUAGUUGCUGUAUCCCCUGAAUUAGUGAUCAUUACUUUGUUUAAAUAAUAAUUAUGCAACGUUAGGCAUAAUAUACGAAAUUCUUUUGUUAUAAGCACACAUGCAAGACGACACAAACAAUAAUAUUCAGCAUCCACACAUUAGCUUUUCUGCCUUAAUGCAUAUGCACAUAUUUGAUGUUGAAAAAAUAAAAAUGGUUCUUCCUAAGCUUAUCUACAAACAUACAUAUGCACAUACAUAUAUGCCUUACAAUACAAAUAAACAUAUGUUUAUAAAUAAAAGCACAAAUUGGACAAAAAGCAGGCGCCGCUACAUAAUGCUGUGCUUUACCUGUGGUAUACGCUACCAGAACUAUUAUAUACUGUAUGCUUGCUUAUUUACUAUGUAAUAAUAUAUUUUGACAGCAACAAAUUACUGUGUCGCGUUAACAAAAACAAAUUGUGGCCGCUUUUGUCGUACAUUUGUAAUCAAUUCUAUAACUAGUUCCA